UGUCGGAUACGUUUCCCCAAACGUUUCUUUUUUUCAAGAAAACUGGCUCCUUUAGCAGGAACCACUUGCUUCCUCCUGCGGCUCCGCCCGGAUCCCGGAAGUCCGUGCGGCCCAGCCCGCGAUCCCGCAAAUCCGCUCGGCUCCGCCCCAUCCAGGAAGUGCGCGCGGCCCCGCCCCCAAUCCCGGAAGUGCGCGCGGCCCCGCCCCGAAAGUCGGCUCGGCUCAGCUCCAAUCCCGGAAGUGCGCGCGGCCCCGCCCCCACCGUUUCGCGUCUCUCUGCUGCGGCGCGGGGACCGCUGUGCUCUCGGAAACGGGGUCUCUGCGGGAUCCAGUGACGUGCCCGACCACAGAGACCAGACCCCUCCUCCUGUAGAGAGUGGUGCUGCCGUCUCGGGAUGUACCUGCAGGUGGAGACCCGCACCAGCUCCCGCCUCCAUCUGAAGAGGGCUCCAGGCAUCCGGUCCUGGUCCCUGCUGGUUGGAAUCUUGUCGAUUGGCCUGGCUGCUGCCUACUAUAGCGGAGAUAGCCUGGGCUGGAAGCUCUUCUACGUCACAGGCUGCCUGUUUGUGGCUGUGCAGAACUUGGAGGACUGGGAGGAAGCCAUCUUCGACAAGAGCACAGGGAAGGUUGUUCUGAAGACGUUCAGCCUCUACAAGAAGCUGCUGACUCUUUUCAGAGCUGGCCACGAUCAGGUGGUGGUCCUGCUGCAUGAUGUCCGCGACGUGAGCGUGGAGGAGGAGAAGGUCCGGUACUUCGGGAAGGGCUACAUGGUGGUGCUCCGGCUUGCAACGGGCUUCUCCCACCCCCUCACACAGAGUGCAGUCAUGGGCCACCGCAGUGAUGUGGAAGCCGUCGCCAAGCUCAUCACCACCUUCCUGGAGCUGCACUGCCUUGAGAGCCCCACAGAGCUGUCUCAGAGCAGCGACAGUGAGGCCGGCGACCCCGGGAGCCAGAGCUGACAGCCCCGCUGUGCCUGAGCCCAUGCACCGCCCACAGGACCCGUGGCCUUGGCUUCAGUCGGUGCCUCCAGCUGAGUCGGCCUCUUGCCUGCUCACGCUGCUGCUUUCACACUGCACGAAACAGCAGGUCGGACCAGGACACCCUGACUUUCUCCAAAGUGAGGCCUGGGCAUGCCUUUCUGCAGCCGGAGGUCUCGCCAGCCCUGGACUCCUGCUGUGGGCCACAGCAAGACCUCGGGCGAGUGGAGAGGCCGGGCCUUCAUGGGUGCUGAUGCUGCGUGUCGUCCCUGACACAGCGUCCUCUCCCUGGUGGACAUCCCCAGCGGUCAGGUGCUUCCCCAAGGGCAGUGAGGGGUGAACAUCCGGGGCCUACCUGGCUGUGCACGCUGCAGCCACACUGUGGAAGCUGCCCCUCCCCGAGGACCCGCCUCCCUUGCUGAUGCCAGGAUCUCGGCGCGUAGACCGCUCUGCCCCAGCAGUUGUCACAGAAAGGUCUCUCUGUUCCUCACACUCAGCCUCAGCAUAAGCUGUGAGGCCAGAAAAAAGGUCAGCUCUUCUAGUAUUGUGCAGCGCUUAAAAACCGAGAGCUCCGGCCGGGCGCAGUGGUUCAUGCCAGUAAUCCCAGCACUUUGGGAGGCUGAGGCAGGAGGAUUGCUCGAGGCCAGGAAUUCAAGACCAGCCUGGGCAACACAGCAAGAUCCUGUCUUUGCGAAAAAAAAAAAAAAAAAAAAAAAACUAACCAAACAGGAAAAACCGGGAGAUUUUCUGCAGAAAUUGUGUUCCAGCCUCUCUCGAACCUGGGAAGACCUGGCAGGAGGGGGCUGGGCGGGGGCUGGGCUCUCAGCUACAGACCCCCACCCCCCGCCCUGUAGGAGCUGAAUGCCAACCAUCCUGACCUGCCAGUGCUCUUGGUUUCCUGAGUGCACCCAGGUCCUCCCAGGUGCGGUGUGCACCGAGCGCACCCGGCCUGUGAACCGGUGACUCCUGGGCCCUGUGAGCCCCCAGGUGGCAGGCCCAGGAAUGGCUGGGUAGGACAGGGAACACCUUUGCCCCAUGUCUGGCUGUGACCUUGGUGAAAGCCGACAGGAGAGAGAUGGGACCCUCCUCCUCAGUAGUGGCUGCCAGUCCCUCAUUGCAGGACACGGUCAUAAUAACCAUAAAUGACCCUUCGCGUGUCA